CGACUUCUUAUGGGAAGGGCUGGGUGAUUGUGUUUUGUAAAUACCUGAAACAUUUCCUCUAACUUGGUCUUUUUUCCCCUGUUUUACCUCGGAGCAAAGGAUAGUGUCAGCUGUCCUUGCGAUGUUUUGUGUUAUGAUUUAUUCUCUAUCGCCAUCUUGAAGAAUAAUAAUAAUAACAACGUUUAUAGUGCUUUUCAAUACAAGAAACACAUUGCUUCACAUUAUAAAAUAAUACUAUUGUUUUGAUUCAAAUAUGAUCAUGUUUAUUAUUGAAUUGUGUACAACACUUGAGGCCUUCUCAUUGAAGACCCACACAAUAAUUUACGCUUUGUCCAUUGGAGAGAUUAGUUGCAUUUGGAUGUAAAAUAAAUUAUUCCUUUUUUUUAAUUGAAUAAUGAUGACAUAGGGUACUACUAUGUUCAAAUCAAUCUACAGUGUUGUAUCAUCUUAACCAAAGAAUCAGAUGUUUUCUGCCUUCCAGUUUGAGAUGUUUAAGUAAAUGCAUGCUAGAGUAGCCCGUAACAAUUAAUCAGAUAUUUUGAACAAAUAUAAAAAUGAAUCCUCUUAACAUAUCACAUUCUGUAACUUGUAUUUGGGAGAGAGAGAGAAAAAAAAACAUGUAUUUAAAUCUGCUAUAUCUACUACAGGUAUAAUCAAUACAAUUGCUACUCAAUUUCUGUUUGAAGUUGUAUACAGUAUGUACCCUUGCGCAUCAAAGUUAUAGUUAUAGUUUUUGAACACAGAAACAAUAGUUGCGUAUCUUGUCAAAAAGCGAAGAGCUUUUCAUUUUUGCAUUGCAAUACAUUCAAAAGCCUUUUAGGUAGUGCUUAUGUAGCAGUGUUUUAUAUGACAUAUUGCAUUCACUGUUUAUUGCCAUACAGUAUUCACAAUAUUAUAAUGUUCUACUGUGUCAUUACAUGUAUUGUAACAUACCAUUCUCUUUACUGCGAUGGGUUAGGUAUUGACAUUAUAAAAAGUAAUGUUUGGUAAGAAAUAUAAAUAUAUUAGUUCAAGUUUACAAUGUUAUUUUAUGGUAUAACGGGGUGGGGGGAUUGUACAUUCUGCUUUGGUGUUUUGUGAAUAUUCUUGUUAUUCAUAAAUAGGUUACACCCAUGUCUACAUAAGUGCUGGUUACAUAAGAGUAUACUUGAUUUCUAUACCAGAGUCCUCUAUUUGACAUACUUGCUUCAUCACUCUGCUUGAAAUAUGUUUGUGAAACACAUAGCGUUUUAUCCACGUGGGUAUUCAUUUUAUUGCAUUCCGUCUGCAUCAAAUGUAAUAAUGAAUUUAUAACAUUGAGUUAGUUGCACUUCAGUUAGAGGACAUUUUGAACAUUUAUCCUGUCAACCAUUAAUCUUGUAUAUUUAUCUGAACCUUUAUCUUGUAUCAUUAGAGGCAAUCAUUUACUUGUAAUUACUUAGGCCUAUCACUGCAUCCAAUCAGUCAAAAAUAUGAAACUGACAUUUUUUUUUUUAGGUGAAAAAAAAACCAUGAAUGGCUGGGAAGAUUUGUUUAACCCAUUUUGGAAAUUGAUGAUCAUUAUUCAUAAUUUCUAUGUCAAACUGUUUACAUGGGGUUAUCUUUUACUGUCCCCCCCCCCCCCGCCACAGUUUCUGCUAGAUACCCGUGGAUCUGUUGCAAUAUCUUCUAGCAACUUAUUGCGACAACAAACUUCCUUCUCAGACCGUUUUACUUUCUUCUCAGAACAUUUUAUUUCCUUCUCAGAAUGUUUUACUUCCUUCUCAGAAUGUUUUACUUCCUUCUCAGAAUGUUUUACUUCCUUCUCAGAACAUUUUAUUUCCUUCUCAGAAGGUUUUACUUCCUUCUCAGAAUGUUUUACUUCCUUCUCAGAACGUUUUAUUUCCUUCUCAGAACGUUUUACUUCCUUCUCAGAACGUUUUAUUUCCUUCUCAGAACGUUUUAUUUCCUUCUCAGAACGUUUUACUUCCUUCUCAGAACGUUUUAUUUCCUUCUCAGAAUGUUUUAUUUCCUUCUCAGAACGUUUUACUUCCUUCUCAGAACGUUUUAUUUCCUUCUCAGAACGUUUUAUUUCCUUCUCAGAACGUUUUAUUUCCUUCUCAGAACGUUUUACUUCCUUCUCAGAACGUUUUAUUUCCUUCUCAGAACGUUUUACUUCCUUCUCAGAACGUUUUACUUCCUUCUCAGAACGUUUUAUUUCCUUCUCAGAACGUUUUACUUCCUUCUCAGAACGUUUUAUUUCCUUCUCAGAACGUUUUAUUUCCUUCUCAGAACGUUUUACUUCCUUCUCAGAACGUUUUAUUUCCUUCUCAGAAAGUUUUACUUCCUUCUCAGAACAUUCAAGUAUUUAUUUCAAUGGAAUUGUAAGGCCCAUGCUACGAACACGUUGUAAUCACUAUGAUAGGAAUUUGUAUUAAUUGUUUUACUAUCCCUGCAUGAUUGUUGAGUGUUGAAAGUUGUGUAAUAAACUAAUUAUA